CUGGCUCCAGAGGGGGAACGUAAGAAGUUUAACGGAGCCGAAUCUAAGCAGAUUAAGGGAACAGCGGCUGGGCCGGAGAGGGUGCGGACUGCAGGUGCUGAGGGGCUAGGAAACCACGUCUUUGCCCCGUCUCCCCCGGCAGAAAGGCCUUUUGGCAAGACUGGUGUGACAAAGGUGGCCCUGAAGUGUUAGAGAGCCCGGGCAAUUAUGAUCGCUGAGUGAGUGGCCCUGGGCUGAGCCUCAGCCGUUGACUGAUAGAAAGGGAUGCUAGCAGUUAGGAAGGUAAGGAGGAAACUCAGGAUGGGGACCAUCUGCUCCCCCAGUCCCAGCGGGACAAAGACAUUGGAGGUCUGCAAUGCUGACUGGAUGGCCUCGCUCCCUCCUCUCCUCCACAACGUCCCCCUUUCCAAUCUGGCAAUCCCAGGCUCCCAUGAUUCAUUCAGUUACUGGGUAGACGAAAAGUCCCCAGUGGGGCCUGACCAAACCCCAGCUAUCAAACGCCUCGCCAGGAUCUCCUUGGUAAAGAAGCUCAUGAAGAAAUGGUCUGUGACUCAGAACCUGACAUUCCGAGAACAGCUGGACGCUGGGAUCCGCUACUUCGACCUGCGUGUGUCUUCCAAGCCAGGGGAUGCCGACCAGGAAAUCUACUUCAUUCACGGGCUUUUUGGCAUCAGGGUCUGGGAUGGGCUGAUGGAGAUUGACUCGUUCCUCACACAGCACCCCCAAGAGAUUGUCUUCCUGGAUUUCAACCACUUCUAUGCCAUGGACGAGGCCCAUCACAAACGCCUGAUUCUCCGGAUCCAGGAGGCCUUUGGGAACAAGCUGUGCUCAGCCUGCAGUGUGGAGAGUAUGACGCUCCAGACGCUGUGGGAGAAGAAGAGCCAGGUUCUCAUCUUCUAUCACUGUCCCUUCUACAAGCAAUACCCCUUCCUAUGGCCUGGAAAGAAGAUCCCCGCACCCUGGGCAAAUACCACAAGUGUGCGCAAGCUCAUCCUCUUCUUGGAGACCACGCUGAGUGAGCGCUCUCCCCACGGAUCCUUCCAUGUGUCUCAAGCGAUCCUCACGCCCAGAGUGAAGACCAUCGCCCGGGGCCUGGUUGGCGGCCUCAAGAACACGCUGGUCCAUAGGAAUCUUCCUGCCAUCCUGGACUGGGUGAAGACUCAGAAGCCUGGAGCCCUGGGUGUCAACAUCAUCACGUCUGACUUCGUGGACCUGGUGGACUUUGCCACAGCUGUCAUUGAAUUGAAUGACCUCCUACAGGAGGAUAGAGCUUUGGCUAAAUGCUGA